AUGGGUGGCCAGUCGGAAAAGUCCUCUUCGGCCGCUCCUCUCGGUUACCUUGCGCCUCUAUGUGUUGCGGUCUUUUUCGUCUUUGUUUGGGCAGCGGUCGGCACGAGACAUCGCUACUUCCGCCAUACUCAACACGCUGGAGCCGCUUUUGACCCAGAAAAUCCAUCUCCCCAUGUGCGCUCGUCGCCUAUCGCAAGAAGCGACGUCGAUAAGCAAUUUCCCUUAACCGAAUACAGUGCUUGGUGGGAAGAGCGAAAUCGUAAACUUGCCACCACACACAUCACUCAGCCUGGCGCUUUGAACUCUUCCGCCGAAGAUGGUAGAGGCAACGGGCGCACGGUCGAUGCUGACGGAGAUCACCCGCUCCCUUCGUCAGGCAAUAAAUCAGACGAUGUUUCUCACGACCCGGGAGAGGAUGGCGAUGAUGGACCGAUAAACGUGCCGCUCUGUACUGGCGACGUCCACUCCUUGUGUGCCAUUUGCAUGGAAGGCUUCGAUGCUGCCGACCUGAUCAGACCCCUGACUUGCGGGCACAUUUUCCACUCAGUAUGCGUUGACCCAUGGCUCACCAAGCGCCAGGCCUGUUGCCCCUUGUGCAAAAUGAACUUCUCUGGAUACAGAAUGCACCCAGAGGAAGAAACACCUGCCAGUUCACUGGCGAUCCCCGUGUUACCAGGGAUCGCAAUGGUCAGAUCAUCUAUCAUUCCCCACCGGGCCUAA